ACAAAUGCCACGUCAUGAAUGAAUGCCAAAACCGGAAACCAUUUUCAUAUUCAGACUCGUCUUCUUCGCUUUCCUUGUCCCUGUCCCCUCUACUUGUGGGAAAAAUCAUGACUCUGUUUCAUUUUAUCUCUCUCCAUCAUCACCACCCUCGCCCUUAUCAAAUUUCAAACCCUAACACCUGCAAGUUUCCUUCACCCUUCACCACCCUAAUUACUUGAUUUGCUUUUUUCAUAGACAUGUAAAUACAAAUUGUUAUUCUUAAUCCUUUUGUUAUUUCAAAGUGAAACUGUUAAGUUCCAUGAUUUACCUUUUCCCUACCACCACCUCGUAUUUUCUAUGUAUAUAUGUGUGUAUGUAUAUGUGCUUGUUCAGCUCCCAACCCCACUUCAUCAUUUUUACUCCUACUUUGCUGUUCCACCUUAAUUCUAGGGUUUUCUUUUAUUUUCUUUUUCUGUUUUCUUGAUCUUUGUGCUCUUUGAUCUCUCCUUCUUUUUCUUGCUUUUUUAAUUCAAAUUCGAAAAUCGUACUCUGUUUAUCCCAUUUUCCAUGUAUAAACAUUUAUCCAAAAUCAAAUGGCUUUUCAGUUUCUUUCAGCCUUUCUUGGGGCUUUUCUGUUAAAAAAUGUUAAUUUGUCUUCAUUUGAUCAAUUUUAGUAUCAUUUAGGAUCGCUACUGCUCGCACAAUUAUUUAAAUUCCCUUCUUCCAGAAUCUUCUUCUUUUUCUUGAAACUUUAGUUCCCUUUUCCUUUUUGACUGAAAAGUUGAAGUAAUUUGGCUGAUUAUAUGGCCAAUCAGCCUCCACCGGUGAUUCCUGGUCCAAGUUCCGGUUCGGGUCCAGGUGGGUUUCAGUAUAUGAAUUUUCCAUUUGGGGACACCACUUUCACUAAAGUUUUCGUUGGAGGCUUGGCCUGGGAAACUCAGAGUGAGACCUUGAGGCGAUAUUUUGAGCAGUUUGGUGAAAUUUUCGAGGCAGUUGUCAUCACGGAUAAGAACACCGGCCGAUCCAAAGGAUACGGUUUUGUGACUUUCCGGCAUCCAGAGUCCGCUAGGAGGGCAUGUGCUGAUCCGAGUCCAAUUAUUGAUGGGAGAAGAGCGAAUUGUAAUUUGGCUUCACUUGGACGCCCUCGUCCCUAUCUGCCCUUUGGACGUCUUAGAUCUCCAGCACCUUACCUUGGAGGACUACCAGCUGCAAGGGCUCCUUAUAUUGGAAGUUUUGGUCAUCCGCAACAACCUUCUUAUGGUUACCAGCAAGGCUUGAUGUAUUCUCCAUAUGGGUAUGCUGCUUACAGUCCAGAAUAUGCUUAUCCCCAGGGCAUGUACAAUCCUUACGGAGGUCAGCAAUACCUUCAAAUUUAUGGUGUUCCUGGAGCAGUAAACAACACUGUGUAUCCUUACAGCUCUAUGAGCCAAGCUGUUCCAGGAAGUCACGGUUUUACAACAUUGCAGGGAUAUGCAAUGUCUGGUCGCCCGAUAGUGCAGUUUGGUGGGCCAAGCGUCACUGCAAUGGCAACUUCAUCUGUUCCAGCACCGUUCCCUACAGUUGUAUCAGGUGCCGCAGCACCUAUUACUCCGCAGCCACAAUUCAUACUAUCUGCUCAUUCUCCUCAAUUUUUGCAAGGUAGCGGUUCUGACCAAAAUGCUGGGUGAGGGUUGAUCAUUGUACCCUUGGAUUGCGGCAGGACUAAGAACAGCAGUUCUGCUACUUGAGUGGCGAGCUUCAAAUCUAGCCUUGCAAAUUAUCCAUUUUGCAUUCUAGAGGUGUUACAUUUUCGCGCUCACCAUAGAAGUCAAUGUCCUAGUUGCUCCAUUGGAGGAGAGAAGAAAAGGGGAAUGUGCGGAUUGCACUUCCUUCAAUCAUGAUGUAAAUAAACUCCCGAUUUCUACCAGUAUUCUGGAUUACUGGCAGAGAGUCGUGGGCCGGAAUUGGGUUCCGGCUCCCCUUCCCAUGUAUGUAAAAAAAGAAAAAAUCAUGGUUAGAAUCAACAUAUGAUUCUUUCAGUAGAGUCCGUCCCAGCAUUUUGGAUGUGUAGAUGGUCUCUGGUGGUGUUUGGUACAAUCCUGCAUUGUAUUUAGAGUUGGGUCUGUAUCUUGUGCAUAACUACAGUCGUUAGGCUUUUUAUAAAUCAUUCUGUAUUCUGGAUUAUUUUAGAGCCUAACUUCAAAAUGAAACAAUCUUGAUUCGAUUAAA